GUGGUUGCAUGGAGCUUUGUCGAAAAGACUUUAAGCUCAAGAUACACUGUCAAAUACAAAGGAAGCUGUCUCUAAAAGGAAGUAAAACGCAACCACUUCAGUUCUAUUCACCCACCCUAAAUGACGAUCAAACCUUCACUUGAUCGACGAAUUCAAACCCUCUUCCCUGUAGCGUUAGCUUCUCUCCUUGUUUUAGGAACUGCAAGAUUAGUCCUAGACAGUUUAAAGAGCAACCAGAGCUCUAUCUUCAGGGUAUAUGGAAGGCAAGAAGGUGGCGAGUAUAAAAAACCAGUCUUGGUUUUGCCAAAAGAUCGGUUUGAGAAAGGGUGCGAUGUUUUUGAAGGGCAAUGGGUGUGGGACAAUGUAUCCCACCCUCUUUAUACAGAAGAAAGCUGCCCUUACUUGGUUAAACAGACCACCUGCCAAAGAAAUGGUAGGCCUGAUUCUUUCUACCAAGAUUGGAGGUGGCAGCCUCAUGCAUGCAAAUUGCCGAGAUUUGAUCCAUUAAAGCUACUGGACAUUUUGAGGGGCAAAAGGCUGAUGUUUAUAGGAGAUUCUGUACAGAGAGGCCAAUUUGAGUCUAUGGUCUGUAUGGUGCAAUCUGUAAUUCCUGAUGGAAAAAAAUCUUUUCAACGAAUUCCUCCGAUGAAGAUCUUCAAAGCUGAGGAGUAUAAUGCAUCGAUUGAGUAUUAUUGGGCUCCCUUCAUUGUGGAAUCCAUUUCAGAUCAUGCAACAAAUCAUACUGUACUAAAACGGCUGGUUGAUCUCGAUUCCAUAGCUAAACAUGGAAAGAGCUGGGAAGGCGUUGACGUGUUAGUAUUCGAGAGCUACGUAUGGUGGAUGUACAAGCCUUCGAUCAAUGCUACACAUGGAUCAACAGAUGACAUUCAAGAAUAUAAUGUAACCACUGCAUAUAAGUUGGCAUUGGAAACUUGGGCAAAAUGGCUAGAAUCCAACAUCAACUCCAUCAAGCAGAAGGUGUUCUUCAUGAGCAUGUCUCCAACUCAUUUGUGGAGUUGGGAAUGGAGGCCUGGAAGUGAUGAAAACUGCUUCAAUGAAUCCUACCCAAUUGAAGGUCCAUACUGGGGCACAGGUUCAAAUCUCCAGAUCAUGAAGAUAGUUGAUGAUAUCCUACGAGAAUCGAAAAUCAAUGUUACUUUUUUGAAUAUCACCCAGUUGUCGGAAUAUAGAAAAGAUGGCCACACAACCAUCUAUGGUGAACGCAAGGGGAAGCUCUUGACAAAGGAGCAAAGAUCUGAUCCAAAAAAAUUUGCAGACUGCAUCCACUGGUGUUUACCAGGGGUUCCUGAUGCUUGGAAUGAGAUUCUCUACGCGUAUUUGUUACAGAAUCAUCAAAAUUUUAUGUGAUUACGACAGUGGAGAGAUGCAAACUUUUUGCUGAAAAAAGAAAAGAACAAAAAAACAGAAGGCAAAGACCUCUGCGAGUCCUAGAGUUACAUUCAUGAGCUGAAAAUUUAGUAAUUCAAUUAUUUUUUCCGGCUGUUGAAAA